GGUUACUGCUGAUCAUUCCAUCAGAAUUCCCCAGAGAAAAGAAGGCUCAUAGCAGCAGUGAUCUAGCCUUAGGAGUUGAUUCAAGUGCCACUCUCGCCAGUCAAGGUUGACUUUUGUGCUCUCCCCCUGUAAAGAAAGAUUAAUAUAAAAGGCACCAACAUGAACAAAUCAAUUCGAGGUUCUGACCCUCCAGAAUUGCAUGAAAUCCAUCACUUUACUGAAAACCUGUCUUAUGAGGCUUUUAAGUCCACAUCCAACAUCGAAGAGGGAAAACUUCUGUUUGGACGAUACAAGAGGAGAGAUCCUGAACUAUAUGCUUUCAUCGAAAGAUUAUUCUACCAUCCUCUUUUCAAGUCAGUUAUGAUCAGCACCAUCACAAUCAAUGCAAUCUUUUUGGCUAUAGAAACGGAAUAUAAAGUUCGCUAUGAAUCACCGUUCUUCCUGGAGGUUGCAGAUAUGAGUAUUUUAGCAGUUUAUACCACAGAGUUUCUACUGGAUAUUUAUCUGGAUCCCUUGAAUUACUGGAAGGAUGCCUAUAAACGAUUUGAUGCUUUUGUCCUUAUAGUGGCUUACAUCCCAUAUCUUAUUGACAGAACCAGCCCUACAAACUACCGUUUUGCAAGUGGGGUGAAAGGAUUCCAGGCAUUCCGAGUUCUCAAACUUAUCUACUAUAGCCCAGGAAUGGCGGUUCUAAUGAUAUCCCUAGCCAAGACUGCAAAGAAUGUGAUCAGUGUCCUUGUCUUGUUGUUCCUGUUAAUGUUUAUCUUUGCGAUUUUGGGUCAUGGUUUUUUCGGAAACGCUGUAACUGGAGACACGAACAACUGGGGGACCUUGCCAUCUGCCUUUUUCACUCUCUUCAGUUUAGUGACGGUUGAUGGAUGGACAGACUUACAGGAAGAACUGGACGAUCGUGGAUUCAUUGCAAGCCGGGCAUUCACAAUUGUAUUUAUUCUCCUAGGUUUUUUUGUGUUUUUCAAUAUGUUUAUUGCAGUUGUCAUUAUGGAUAUUGAGGAUUCAACUGAGCAGUAUAAGGAGAAGCUUCAAGCAGAGAGGAAGGCUAAUCUGACUGCAAAGAAGCAGGCCAUUUUAAAAAGGCAACAGGAAGAAGUAUUUACAUUACUCCACCAGCAGAAAACAAGUGAAUAUACAACUUUUGAAGAAUUGGUGGAAGAGUUUAAAAGAACUCUGCUUCAUACAGAUCCUGUGGUCCUAGAAGAAUUUUGUGCCAGCCUACCAUUCAUUGAUCUCUAUUUCACAUCCCUAGAUCGUCAGGAUGCUAUAGUUUAUAAGCUUCAAGAGCUCUACUAUGAAAUGGUUGCCAUUUUGAACACCAUGAUGCAAAAACCACAAGAAAAGUCUUUACAAACUUUGCAGUCCCUUAAGAAAAAAUGAAUGAAUAAACACAACUAAAACAUUA